AUGGAUUCUGUAAGAUCAGGACCUUUUGGCCAGAUCUUCCGUCCAGAUAACUUUGUCUUCGGACAAUCUGGUGCCGGAAAUAACUGGGCUAAAGGUCAUUAUACAGAAGGUGCUGAAUUGGUAGAUUCCGUUCUUGAUGUUGUCCGUAAAGAAGCUGAAAGCUGUGAUUGUCUACAAGGAUUCCAGUUGACCCAUUCUCUGGGUGUAAAAUCCGAGAAGAAUAUCCAGAUAGAAUCACGAACAACCUUUUCUGUUUGUCCUUCACCAAAGGUAUCUGAUACAGUUGUGGAACCUUACAACGCCACCCUCUCAGUUCAUCAAUUGGUAGAAAAUACAGACGAGACUUACUGUAUUGAUAAUGAGGCUCUAUAUGAUAUAUGUUUCCGUACCCUCAAACUGACCACACCCACUUACGGUGACCUCAACCAUCUGGUAUCAGCCACCAUGUCUGGAGUGACCACCUGCCUCCGAUUCCCUGGUCAACUCAACGCCGAUCUCAGAAAACUCGCUGUCAACAUGGUACCUUUCCCCCGUCUUCAUUUCUUUAUGCCAGGAUUCGCUCCUCUCACCUCUCGAGGUUCCCAGCAAUACCGAGCUCUGACUGUACCCGAACUCACCCAACAGAUGUUCGAUGCCAAGAACAUGAUGGCUGCUUGUGAUCCUCGUCAUGGUCGUUAUCUGACAGUAGCUGCCAUGUUCAGAGGUCGUAUGUCCAUGAAGGAGGUAGAUGAACAGAUGUUGAACGUUCAGAAUAAGAACAGCAGCUACUUUGUUGAAUGGAUUCCAAACAAUGUUAAAACUGCUGUUUGUGACAUUCCACCAAGAGGUCUGAAGAUGUCUGGAACAUUUAUUGGCAAUACGACAGCCAUUCAGGAACUGUUUAAGAGAAUCUCUGAACAGUUUACAGCUAUGUUCAGAAGAAAGGCUUUCCUCCAUUGGUAUACUGGUGAAGGUAUGGAUGAGAUGGAAUUUACUGAAGCUGAAUCCAACAUGAAUGAUCUGGUAUCUGAAUAUCAACAGUACCAGGAUGCUACAGCUGAAGAGGAGGGAGAAUUUGAUGAAGAAGAAGGGGAGCAAGAUGAAGCUUAA